GCUCAAACAGCUUACCGAACUCAACAGUGAACUGGGGCCGCAUUGGAGUAGCACCCCCAGGUCGCGAAGCGCUAGCGACCCACGCGCGACGCCUGACGUGCCCAAGACUUCUCCCAAGCCCCCUUCUCCGCCUCCAAAGAAGCGAAAGCACCAGGACACUGCGGCCCCCGUCGUGUGCACCGUCGGUAGGGACACUGAUCCAGUAAGAGCCGACAGGCCUCCAAGCGCUGCGCCGCCAAGCAAGGCCGCCAGCAUGUCUCAAAGGAACAGAGGGCAGCGCAGUGCAAAUCGCAACAGCGAGGGCGGAGAGGAGUAUUUUUUGUGGCAGUCCAUCCAGUCGUCAAUCUCGUCCUUGGUCCCAAGCAUCAACGAGAGCAGCCAGAAUGUCCAGGAUAUAGCAGAUCAGGACAAGCAAAUGGUCUCAAAGCAGGCUGCUGGAGAUUUUGACAAAAGGGAUCUUAAAGGUAACCGUUCUGAUCUGAAAGCCGCCUAUGAGAAAAUAGACUCGUUGUUUAGGGCAGGCGUCAAAGUCAACGAGAAGACAAGCGCACAACUCAAGGAAGUAAUCGAGAAACUCCAUGUGCUGAGUGCGCUUCAAAAGGCCAAGGAAGAGUCGCAGGAACCGUCACUAUCGCGCUCCGCCACGCAGCGAGCCAAGGAAUCCGCUGCCGCAUCAUCCUCAGUGUACGACUUCGAUGGUUCUGGGGAUUCGCCGGUACCGUCCCCAAACCCCAGCGUGGCACGCCGUAUGGGUGGGAGCACUGGCAGCAAAGGCGACCGGGGGUCUGUUCCACCAAGCGUGGACCGCUCAACACCAGUAGCAAAGGCCGGGAGCGCCGAGCCUCAGGGGCCUGGCGCUGCCCUCGCUCGAUCAAAGGUCAUCUUUUCAAAAGGGGAGGAGGUCGCAUUCAAGCCCAAGCCACAAAAUAGCGAGCCUACCGACUGGAUCCUGGGUGUUGUGCAAGAUGUAAGAGGUGAGGGUAAGUCCCGCCGCUACAGGGUCUUAGAUGCCGACGUGGAUGACACUGGGAAGCAAAAGGAGUUUCGCAGUAGUGCCAGCAGCAUGAUUGGCAUUCCGAAAGAAGGCACCGUGUUGCCGGGGUUGGAUCCGGGCAAAACAGUGCUGGCACUGUAUCCUAACACGACCACGCUGUACAAAGCCGAAGUACAUGGAAUGGCGGACGACGGCAAAGUGAACUUGAAAUUCGAAGGCGAGGAGAGUAGCAAUACGGUGCAAGCCGUGGCAAGACGCUACGUCGUGGAGUAUCGCGCGUGACUCUGAGACUACACGUCAAGAGCCAUUGCCGCAAGGUAUGUUCAGGCUAUAGUGCAUCGAAUGUUGAUUUGGCUGGGAAGGAUUGAUGGGUCGGGAAUCUGGUUUUCAUUCUUGGGAGCGACAGGCGUUCGGGAUACUUGGGCUACAUAGCAUUGAGACUGGCAUCAUAUAACAGCGCGAGGCGUUCAAUUUUUUAGCUCGGCAACAUUGAUGACUACCAUAGUCUUGGAUCUUAUUCCGCUAGCUAACGCGC